AUGCCGCGCUCCUUCUUGGUGGACUCGCUGGUGCUGCGGGAGGCGAGCGAGAAGAAGAGCGAGAGCAGCCCGCCGCCGCCCCUCUUCCCCUACGCCGUGCACCCCUCGCACCCGCUGCACGGGCUGCCCCCCGGCGCCUGCCACUCGCGCAAGGCCGGGCUGCUGUGCGUGUGCCCGCUGUGCGUCACCGCCUCGCAGCUGCACCCGCCGCCCCCGGCCCUGCCGCUGCUCAAGGCCUCCUUCCCCCCGUUCGGCUCGCAGUACUGCCACGCGCCCCUGGCCAGGCAACACUCGGCCUCCUCCGCUGUCAGCGUCAGCCACGCGCCGGCCAUUUACCAGACCGCCUACCCCCUGCCCGACCCCAGGCAGUUCCACUGCAUCUCCGUCGACAGCACCUCCAGCCAGCUGCCCAGCAGCAAGCGGAUGCGCACCGCCUUCACCAGCACGCAGCUCCUGGAACUGGAGAGGGAGUUCGCCUCCAACAUGUACCUCUCCCGGCUCCGGCGCAUCGAGAUAGCCACCUACCUGAACCUCUCCGAGAAGCAGGUGAAGAUCUGGUUCCAGAACCGCCGGGUCAAGCACAAGAAAGAAGGCAAAAGCAGCUCCCACCGAGGAGGGGGCUCUGCCCACAGUUGCAAAUGCGCCUCUCUGGCCACCACAAAGUGCUCGGAGGACGACGAGGACUUGCCCAUGUCUCCAUCCUCCUCAGGGAAAGACGAUAGAGAUCUCACAGUCACCCCCUAG